CCGCGGCCUCGCCAUGGCCAGCAAGGCGCGCAGCAGCAGCGAGGCGCUCAAGGUGGUGGCGCGCUGCCGCCCCAUGAGCAGGAAGGAGGAGGCCGCCGGCUACGAGAGGAUCCUCGACAUGGACGUCAAGCUGGGCCAGGUGACCAUCCGCAACCCGCGCGCCUCGCCGGGGGAGCUGCCCAAGACCUUCACCUUCGACGCCGUCUACGACGCGAGCUCCAAGCAGGCGGACCUGUACGACGAGACGGUGCGGCCGCUCAUAGACUCGGUGCUGCAGGGCUUCAACGGCACCAUCUUCGCCUACGGGCAGACGGGCACCGGCAAGACCUACACGAUGCAAGGGGCCUGGGCCGAGCCGGAGAAGAGGGGCAUCAUUCCCAUCUCCUUCGAGCACAUCUUCACCCACAUCUCGCGCUCGCAGAACCAGCAGUACCUCGUGAGGGCCUCCUACCUGGAGAUCUACCAGGAGGAGAUCAGAGACCUCCUCGCCAAGGACCAGAACAAGAAGCUGGAGCUGAAGGAGAACCCCGAGACGGGGGUUUACAUCAAGGACCUCUCCUCCUUCGUGACGAAGAACGUCAAGGAGAUCGAGCACGUCAUGAACCUGGGGAGCCAGACGCGCUCKGUGGGCAGCACCAACAUGAACGAGUACAGCUCGCGCUCCCAUGCCAUCUUCCUCAUCACCAUCGAGUGCAGCGAGACGGGGCUGGACGGCGAGGAGCACAUCCGCGUGGGCAAGCUCAACCUGGUGGACCUGGCGGGCAGCGAGCGCCAGAGCAAGAUGGGCGCCCACGGGGAGCGCCCCAAGGAAGCCUCCAAGAUCAACCUGUCCCUCUCGGCCCUGGGCAACGUCAUCUCGGCGCUGGUGGACGGCAAGAGCACCCACAUCCCCUACAGGGACUCCAAGCUGACCCGCCUGCUGCAGGACUCCCUGGGCGGCAAUGCCAAGACAAUCAUGGUGGCCACCUUGGGCCCGGCCUCUCACAGCUACGACGAGAGCCUCUCCACCCUGCGGUUCGCCAACAGGGCCAAGAACAUCAAGAACAAGCCGCGGGUGAACGAGGACCCCAAGGACACGCUGCUGCGGGAGUUUCAGGAGGAGAUCGUCCGCCUGAAAGCCCAGCUGGAGAAACGAGGCAUGCUGGGGAAGAAGAGGAGACGGAGCAGCCGGAGGAAGAAGGCRGUGGAUGGAGAAAGCACCACGGAGAACGAAGGGGAGGAUGACAACGAGGAUGGCCUGGAGAAGAACAUGGAGAACUACCUGAAGGAGCAGAAGGAGAGGCUGGAGGAGGAGAAAGCAGCUAUUCAGGAUGACCACAGCCUGGUGAGCGAGGAGAAGCAGAAGCUGCUGGAGGAGAAGGAGAAGAUGAUAGAGGACCUGCGCAAGGAGCAGGAGGCCACGGAGCUCCUGGCCACCAAGUACAAGGCCAUGGAGAGCAAGCUGCUCAUCGGUGGCAGGAACAUCAUGGACCACACCAACGAGCAGCAGAAGAUGCUGGAGCUCAAGCGGCAGGAGAUAGCGGAGCAGAAACGCCGCGAGAGGGAGAUGCAGCAGGAGAUGCUGCUGCGGGAUGAGGAGACCAUGGAGCUGAGGGAGACGUACACGUCCCUGCAGCAGGAGGUGGAGAUCAAGACCAAGAAGCUGAAGAAGCUCUACGCCAAGCUGCAGGCCGUGAAGGCCGAGAUCCAGGACCAGCACGACGAGUACAUCCGGGUGCGCCAGGACCUGGAGGAGGCGCAGAACGAGCAGACGCGGGAGCUCAAGCUCAAGAACAAAGGCAAUCCCCAGUUUCCGAGGGCCAAAGGGAAGAAGGACGUGAUGAAGGCUGAGAACAUCAUGUUCCUGGAGCUGGACGUCUCGCCGCCGGCCGUGUUCGAGUUUGAGCGGGGCCGGGACCCGGCCGAGCAGGACCCGCGGGCCCUGCACCUGGAGCGGCUCAUGCACCUGGACAGCAUCCUGGAGCGGCCGGCGGCCUCCAGGGUGAGGAAGUCCCGCUCCUGGUAAGUGCCGCCGCGCUCCGGAGCCUCCCUGCUGCUGGGGAGGGAACCCGGGACAGGGGGUUAAGAUUGGGGAAUGUUAACUGCCAGCGCCCAGUUGGCGCUCGCACGGUUAGAUCUCAGCGGGAUCUAUUCCCCUGCGUCGGCCUGGGGUUGAGACCAGCCUUGAACUUGAAUUAAAUUCUAAAUAACUUAUAUU